AAAAAAAACAAAUAAAUUGAAAAUAAAAUGUAUUUGAAAAUUGUGUCAAAAAUUCCCAUUCGUCCAUAAUUGUCAUGGAUUGUUUUUAAAACAACAAAAAAAUAUUUAUUUUUGGAUAUUCAUUUCCUCAACGUUUUUUGGAUUUUCUACAAGUUUUAACACCACACAGCCAGCAAAAUGUGUUCGAAAAAUCAAAUGUCUACGCUGAUGGAGAAAUUGAAUACGACUCUACAGUCGUGUCCCACCAUCAGCAGCUGUACCAAUGAACCCGAUACCCUGAGCGCCAACAACGACUCGCUACAGACCACCCCAGAUAGUACCCUACAAAAACCAGCCAGUCUCCAGCAACAUCAUCAUCAGCACCAUCAACCGCUCAGUCCCCAUCAUCUGCAUCCGCACAGCCACAGCAACGGUGUUGGUGUUGGUGUCGGUGGCCCAGCCAACAGUGCCACCAGCGACACAUCGUCCACAUCCUUUCACCAGCGUUUUGACUUCAGUCAAUUAAAAGCUCGUCUACCGGAACUAAAUUGUCUGCACAGUUUACAGCGCUAUUGGCAAAACAGCAACGGCCAAUCACCGGGUGACGGCAGCAGCAACGAUCCAACGUCCGGCUGUGGAAAAGAUGAUGGUAGUGGUGUUGGCAGCAAUUCCUUUUAUGCCAAUAAUAUCUUAGGUUACACCUUUGGCUACACAUUCAACGGCAAAGAUUCCGGCAAAGGUGAGGCGGUACGUGAGACGCCACUGCAGAAGUUCUAUCGUCACCAGCAGCAAAAGAAAAUGCCAGCGUUUCGCGGUCGACGUGGUUGGUGUGGGUGUUUUCAGGACGAUGAACCACCUGAGAUUUGUGUGGUUGAGGGGGCCUUUACCCUGCAAACCCUGACACCCACCCAGCCGAUGCCCUCUGUGGAUGAGUUGGACACCAAAUUCGCGGAGUUGGUGGAAGAGCUGGAUUUGACGGCGCCCAACAAAGAGGCAAUGUUGAGUUUGCCUCCCCAAAAGAAAUGGCAAAUUUAUUGCUCAAGAAAAUCACCCCUGGACACCAUUGAUGGCGGGGGUGCAUCGAGCAAUAUUACCCAACCUCCGACGGCUGAAAAUUAUGUGGAACGCCUCAAGGAUCUGGCCCUACACAUUUCCAUUAGUCCCGAAGAUUCACCGUGCCAUGAGUAUAAUGCUCGCAUUGAAAGCCAUACACAUUUCCUGGAUGCCCUGAAGACAGCUCUCAGGACGUCCACGCACAGUUUUGUCUUGCGUUUUGUGGAGUUUGAGGGUUUGCCGGCCCUGCUGAAUCUGUUGCAGAAAAUGGAUAUACGGGUGGCGAAUAGUCCUUUUCAUACUAGUCUCAUUGGAUGUAUCAAAGCUUUGAUGAAUAAUUCGACCGGUCGUGCCCAUGUCUUGGCCCAUCCCACCUCCAUUGAUACCAUUGCCCGUUCCCUGGCGGCGGAUAACAUCAAAACCAAAGUGGCAGCCUUGGAAAUUUUGGGUGCCGUCUGUCUGGUGCCUGGUGGCCAUCGCAAGGUCUUACAGGCCAUGUUAAAUUUCCAGGAGUUUGCAGCAGAACGUACCCGUUUCCAGAGUAUUGUAAAUGAUUUGGAUCGUUCAACAGGAGCCUAUCGGGAUGAUGUGAAUUUGAAAACAGCCAUUAUGUCUUUUAUUAAUGCGGUGCUGAACUAUGGCCCCGGCCAGGAGAAUUUGGAUUUCCGUUUACAUUUGCGCUACGAAUUCUUGAUGCUGGGCAUACAACCCAUCAUUGAUAAGCUGAGGAAACAUGAAAAUGAAACCUUGGACAGGCAUUUGGACUUUUUCGAAAUGGUCAGAGCCGAGGACGAAAAAGAACUGGCCCGGAAAUUCGAACACGAACAUGUGGACACCAAAAGUGCCACCACCAUGUUUGACUUUUUGAGACGUAAACUAAGUCAUUCUCCAGCCUAUCCCCACUUGAUUUCCUUGCUGCAGCACAUGCUUUUGUUGCCCUACACUGGUCACUGCACCCAACAUUGGUUGUUAUUCGAUCGAGUGGUCCAACAAAUUGUCCUACAAACCGAGGGUCGACCACGCAGCGACAUUGAUUCCGAUGAUCCAAACAAAGAAAAGGAACCCAUCUCCCCCGUACAUGAUCCCGAUGUGGCUCCCCUUGAAAUAAAUGUCUCCAAAUUGGUCCAUCUACUCGUCAAAGAAGAAGAACUCACCCAGGCCCGCAAACGAGCCGAUGAAUUGGAAAAAGAAAAUUUCGACAUUCAAUCGCGUCUGGCGAAAAAAGAACAAGAAUUAGACUUGCGAAUGCAGGAAAAAGAAGAUCUCGAAACGGGCUUGGCUCGUAUGCGUGAACGCCUCGAAAAAGAGUCGGCCAAUCAUUCGCAGGCUGUGCAAAGAGCUCAGACAGCCGAAAUGAAAUUGGAAGAUUUACAACAUAAACUGAUGACAGAGCAACAGGAAAGAGCCAGAUUGGAACGUUUGGUCACCGAGGGUAGUAUACCCGAUGACCAGAAAGUGGCAGGGCUAACUGGUUGCAAUGCUCCCCAAGAACCAGUGAAAAUAGUGCCACCACCACCGCCACCAAUGAUGGCAGCAGCACCACCUCCACCACCAUUGCCGGCCGGACCACCGCCACCACCUUGCCCUGGACCACCACCACCGCCUGUGAUGACACCAGCAAUGGCCCCACCUGCACCCAAAGCCGAAGUACCCAAAAAGAAUGUGCCCCAACCCACAAAUCCCUUGAAGAGUUUCAAUUGGUCCAAGUUGCCUGAUGCCAAGGUUCAGGGUACUGUCUGGAGUGAAUUGGAUGAAUCGAAAUGGUAUAACAAUAUUGAGCUGGAGGCAAUUGACAAAUUAUUCUCGGCCUAUCAAAAGAAUGGAGUGGCAACCGUUCCCGAUGGUUCCAUUGAAGAUUUACGCUUGAUGGGUAGUAAACCACGUAACAAGGUCUUAUCCGUUAUUGAUGGCCGGCGGGCACAAAAUUGCACGAUUCUCUUGAGUAAAUUGAAAAUGACAGAUGAAGAGAUUUCCAAAGCCAUAUUAUCCAUGGAUUGCAAUGAACAAUUGGCUUUAGACAUGGUGGAGCAAUUGCUUAAGUUUACACCCUCGGCUGAGGAAAGAGCUUUAUUGGAUGAACACAGUGAAGAUAUUGAGUCAUUGGCCAGGGCCGAUCGUUUCCUAUAUGAAAUAUCCAAAAUCCCCCAUUACGAGCAGCGCUUGAAGAGCUUGCACUACAAAAAACGUUUCAUGAUUACCGUAAAUGAUUUAAUACCAAGGAUUACCAGUGUCAUGGAAGCUUCCCGGGAGGUGGCUAGAUCUAGGCGCCUGAGAAAAUUACUGGAGUUGGUGCUGGCCUUGGGUAACUACAUGAAUCGUGGAGCCCGUGGCAAUGCCUCCGGUUUCCGUUUGGCUUCCCUAAAUCGCCUGGCCGACACCAAAUCCAGCGCCGCCAAGGGCACAACUUUGCUACACUUUUUGGUACAAGUCAUUGACAAGAAAUUCCGUGAUCUACUCAAAUUAGAGGAGGAUAUACCACAUGUACGCGAAGCUUCCAAGGUAUCGUUGGGUGAAAUGGACAAAGACAUACAAAUGCUAAGAACCGGUUUAGCCGAUGUGGCGCGUGAAAUUGAAUUCCAUCGUUCAUCGGGUCCAGCCCAACAGGGAGAUCGUUUCCUACCCGUCAUGCGAGAAUUCCAUGCCCAGGCUUCGGUGCGUUUUGCCGAAUUGGAAGAUAAAUUCCAGGAUAUGAAAACAAGAUUUGAUAGGGCCGUACGUUUGUUCGGUGAAGAUGGUUCGGUUUUGCAACCGGAUGAAUUCUUUGGUAUUUUCGAUGCUUUCCUCACAUCUUUUGCCGAGGCCAAGGCAGAUAAUGAUAAUUUGCGUAAACGUCAAGAGGAAGAGGAAAAACGGGCCAAACAGGAUGCCGAGUUAAAGAAACGUACCAUUGAACGUAAAAACAAGGAGGGCCUGAUGUCUUCGGUGGCCAGAAAUUUGGGUUUGAAGUCCUCGAAUGGACCCACAAGCCCCGCCAAGGGGGAUAAUAAAGGGGAGUUUGAUGAUCUUAUUUCUGCCCUGAGAACCGGCGAUGUAUUCGGUGAGGAUAUGGCCAAAUUUAAGAGAUCCCGUAAAACCCGUCUCAGCAAUGGCAGUACUUCUCCACCCCGCCAUGGAGUGCAUCGAGAAGAAAGUCGAGAACGUACCGUUAGAAGACAGUGAAAGUUAGGUUAGAUUUUUAAGAGAAAAACAAACAAACACACACACAGACACAUACAUCUCUUUGUUAUUAAAAUAAUAAAAUAAAUUUUGUUAAAUGAUUGUAUAAAAGAAAGAUAUUGAAAAUUAAUUGUAAUUAUGCAAAUGAUGAUGAUGGAAAAAUGAUUUUGUAUGCAAAAUAGGUUAUUAAUUUAAUUUUAAGUAAAACAACAACAACAAGAAUGCUAACAUUCUUCUCUUUUUUAUAAAAAAAAAAAACAUAUUUAAACUUAAAAUAAAAAUAAAUAAUAAUUGUCUGUAAUGAAAGCAUUAAACCAAAAUUAUUUAAAAAAGAAAAAAACAAAUGAAACUAAAAAAUAUAUUUAUCACACCCAAACACACACACUUUUGUAUUAAUAAUACCCUAAUCUUAGUUUGUAAUUUGAAAAACACUGUUUGUAUGUAUGUAUUCCUUCUUCUCGUUUGCUGUUCUGUUUUUGCAUAAAAGAAUGAAAAUAUAUAACUCAAUACUAUUAUUAAAUUUAUCUUCUAGAGAGCAUAUUAAGCCAACCAACAAACCACACAAACUAACAGCAAAUUAAAACUAAUUUGUAAAUGUUAGAUUAAGUUUAUGAAUAUAAUUGAAAAGAAAUUAAUAUAUAAAUAAAAAAGCUAUAAUACAUAUUAGUUAUAAAUAUAAAACACGAUAAAACCGAAACACAAUAAAAUAAAA